AACAGUUGACUUCGAUCUGUCGGUAACGAGAAACCAAAAAAGAAAAAAAGAUAGAAAUUCCUUUUACGGUGGUGACGUAGCGAAUACAAGAAGGAAGAAAAGAAAGGAGGGACAUUGAAGAGAAAGAAAGAUGAAGCAGAGAGAGCUGACAGUGACACUGUGCAUAAUUUGGGCGGUGAGCCUCCUUUACGGUGAGAUGUUAGCCUUUUGGCUCCCUUCUCUCUGGUCUUGUUCAUGGCCUCAUCUACGCAGCUCCAAUCCAAAGAUUGAGAGAGCAAGAGAUCCUACUGAUUAUGUGAAAAUCGCUGUUCUCACUGAUCCACAGCUCAUGGAUAGAACUUCCCAUCGUCUUCCUCCAAAAUCAUUUGCUUUGGAAACUGCUCAAUUCUAUACUGAUUUGUUCAUGCGCAGAGCAUUCCUUGCAUCUGUACUGCCUUUCAAGCCUGAUGUGAUUUUGUUUUUAGGUGAUUACUUUGAUGGAGGCCCUUACUUGUCAAAUGAAGAAUGGCAGGAAUCAUUAAGCCGCUUUAGACAUAUUUUUGCACUGAAUGAACAAGGAAGGCAUGAAGAGAUCCAAGUUUACUACCUACCUGGAAACCAUGAUAUUGGCUAUGAAAGUGUACAUUCUCAUAAGCCGGAGGUUAUCAACCGUUAUGAAAAGGAGUUUGGAAUCAGAAACUAUCGAUUUACAUCAGGGAAAGUGGAGUUUGUUGUUAUUGAUAGCCAAACCCUAGAUGGUAAACAAGGAAACCCUCAAGAAAAUCUGGCUUCCUCAACUUGGGAGUUUGUCAAGAAUGUUUCCAUGGAUGCUCAAUCAUAUCCGAGGAUUUUAUUGACACAUAUUCCCUUGUAUCGCCGGGAUGGGACAUAUUGUGGCACUAAUCGUUAUUCCUCAAUCAUCAAUCAGCGGAUCACAUACCAUGGAAAAGAAAUAUGGUACCAGAAUUACGUUUCUGAGGAAUCGUCAAACUUACUUCUGGACUUGCUCAAACCUGUACUCGUCUUAUCUGGUCAUGAUCACGAUCAGUGCAAUGUGACCCAUGAGACAAAAUUUGGGCCUGUGGUGGAGACCACUGUAGGGACUGUAAGCUGGCAGCAGGGAAACUUGUACCCAUCUUUCAUGUUACUGUCCGCCAGUAAUUUUGUACUUCCAAAUGGAUCCAGCUCGUGGGAUGCAGUCCUAACUCACUUGUGCUUUCUUCCAAGUCAAUUAUUCAUUUAUUUAUGGUACCUUGCAUUAUUUAUUUUAACGCUGCUUGCACUGCUGCUUUUGCCGGCUGGUGGGAUCAAUGUUUGGCGAUGGUUAAGUGGUCUAUUGGAGUAUGGCAAAAAGCUCAAAAGUAUCAACAUUUUCAGCGAUGGAACAAAAGAGAAAGACGAAGAUUUAAAUUGUGAGUAUGAUAUGAUCUGGGAUGCAGAAGGAUCAAUGCAUCUGGUUAAGAGGCCCUUAAACACUCCUAAUACGGGGUCAAGUGAGACAAAUUCAUAUGAAAGAGGUAAUGCUGUAAUGCGUCCAGCAGCUAGAAAAAACGCAUUGCAGGAGUCAGAGAUGUGCUUGAAUGUGGAUAUUAUCAAUGCAGAUGGUGGUGGGAUUGAUCAAAUGGCAAAAUUACCAGCAAGAGCAAGCAAAUCAUGGAGAAAGAUUGUGAUCCAGAGAUUGGUGCGGACAUUUGGAAUGCUCUCAAUCAUUGCUGCAGUGAAUAUACCUAUCUACAUGAUAUUGCUUUUCAAAGAUUGGAUUGAACAAUGAUAUUGGGAUUUGAAGAUUGCAAAAUAUUUUUCUGUUUCAAUGAGUUUCUUGUACUAUAGAAAAGGAAAACCAUACACCAAGUUUUGCGCCCAUGUGUAAGUUAGAUCAGGUAAUUCUGUUGCAAUGAUUCAAAAACUCAAAUGCUAAAGUUUUUUAACAUAAAUUAUGAAUGUUGGUAGAAUUUUUAUAGCAA